CGGCUCCAGUCUCGCAGUCGCAAAAGCAACAUGGCAACGAGGUGAUAGGAGUCGACGCGCGGCCCCGCAACUCCGCAGAUCGGGCACGAGCAUUCUCCGCGUCGCAUCGUCGGGGAAACCGAAAUGCGAUCGGUCCAAACCUUAGUCCAACCAUCGGCAACGCUAUGGCUUGCGUCCCGGAGCUCGGACUGUGGGCGGGAUUACUUCUGCUUCUUGGCUUUUCAACUUGGACGGACGCUCUUGUGAAGACCAAUGGAAGCGAGGCAGCCCAGCUGGCGGCAGCGGCCGCCGCGCAGUCGACUGCGCAGCAUAGGGGCUCCCUGGUGGUGGGACUGAGUCGCGCCAGCGAGAGCUACGCCGAGAUCGCCUGGCGGCUCGAGCAGCUGCCCAGCUCCAAGGACCGCGGGCACGGCGGCGAAGAGGACGAAGACCCGGCGUCCCGACUCUCGGCGUGCGAGCUGGCGUACGGCCCUCUCGAGGACCCGUACCAGGUGGAGGUCAUGUCCAACUUCAUGCCCCGCGGCCCCACCUUCAUCGUGGGCGGCUUGCGGCACAACACCACGUACCACUUCCACAUGGUCUGCUACUGCUGCCUCGCCGACGGGGCGGCGGCGGCGGCGCCAGACUCCGGCGGGAACUCCACGGCGAGCAGCACCGAGACCAAGCUCACUUCCAACGUGCUCAGGUUCACCACAGGUGUUUACGUCGGAGGCGACCAGCAGUCCCUCCCGCACCAGCGGUCCUCGUGGCCCACCCAGCAGCAGCAGCAGUCCCGUGGCGGCAGCAGCGACGAGUGGCGCCAGCGGGACCCGUACCAGGGCUCGUACCACUCGGUGUACAAGCAGACCAUCCUGCGCGACGAAGAGAGCAGCAGUCGCGCCGUGCCUUCCUUCAACGUGCUCCUGGGCGCGCUCACCGGCAUCGUCGGCUUCCUCAUCAUCAACGUCACCGUCGUAAUCGCCGUACGCCGUUGCUCGCACCGGCGCAUGCGCCGGCGGAGGAUCCUCGUGCUCGAGGAUCGAGACAAUGAAGACUUCCCGUACCUCCGGCCGCUGGAAUGAAGCGUGGAAUGAAGCGUGACGUGACGUCAUCGGAAGCGCCUUUCUGGUCUUCGAACCGCGACGGUCGUCUUCGCCGAGCGACCCUCGCCCGGUAGCCAUUGACAAACAAGCAUCUAUAUCGGCGUCUGAACGCAUCGCAGAGGCAUAUCACAACUCGUUAUCUCACCGUGUUCGACCUUCCUUACGAUAAGCGCUAUGCACCACCCGUAUCGUUGCCGGCUGUGUACGAUCCUGCGUGACCGUUGUCGACCUUCUUUUGACUUGUAGAGAGUUGUUAGCGGACAGUUCGGUUGUGACACCGCGGCACCACUCGCUGUACUGAACGCGUUGUGGACCCGUGGCAGUGGCUUAGCAGCAAGGAUGUGCGGCUGCUGAGCGCGAGGUCGCGAGCUUGAUUCCCGGCCGCGGCGAUGCGCGUUGCAUUGUGGGAGGAAGGAAAAGAAAGGAAAGGUUCCGUGAAAUCUUGCAUUGAGGAACGACAGGGGUCAAAAUUAAUGCGUAACUUACCACGGCUUAGUUUGUCUCAGUGUUUAACCCGCGCUGUAGAGUUUCUGCCUAUCUGUAUGACGUAUUACCGCUUACGGAAUGACGUAAUACCGCAAGCGCAGAGAUAAGCAGCAGCGCAAGUAGCGUCAUCUUGCGGCCUAAAAUUGAGCCAGAGCACAUAUUACUACAUUACAGCUACUCACUUCUGCUUAGGGAUUGAAUUGAAGAUGUAUUCAGCGAUGAAAAUUAACGUAUUUGCUGUCUUUCGGUGAGAACACCCAUGCAAUACUAAAACGUUUCAUGCGCGUUGUAAUUGAAUAAUGCGUCACUAGGUGUCGUUACCAACGCUGCUCCCUGUUCUGUCAUUUUGUAAAUGUUAGUGGUUUACGGACAGGCCGGAACUCUGAUUAAACCUGGUAGCGGGGUUAUUUAGCAUUGCUGCAUUUCGAUUCGUUUCGUCAGCGUCACGGUAUCGCAGCCAUCUACGCCAUGUCGUCUGCCCGCAAAGCUCGUACGGGCGGCGCAUAUGUUCAGUACAAAAAACUUAGUCUUGCGCAAUUGUUUAUCGCUCGGCUAAUGCCAAUCUGGCGCGUCGAGUUCAACUAUUUGCCGUUUCGGUUGUUUCGAGUUGUGACUGUUCGUAGUUGCUGGGAAUCACGGAUGAAAUUUGCAAUGCAAAUUGUAUUACUAUUUGCAUUGUAACGCAGUUUGACAUGAGUUGGAACACUUUGGGUAUACGUUAUGGCUGUUGAAUUGACGGAGUAAGUGCACUGCGUAAUGAACGCUCCUUCGUCCAUUGCGUGAUCGGUGAGAUUGUUGGGUGUCUGCCAUUUUGAUGCGAGAAGCAGUAGUGUGCCAAGAUAUUGUUGCGGUCGUUGCAGAGCCACGGGUGUUGGAGUCACAGUCCUCGAGUGGGGGUGCAGAUUAUCGCAUGAUUGUUGCUUCGGUGCCUGCAAGAUAAGAACGAAGGGCUUUUGGAAAGGCGGAUAUCCGCCCACACACAGUUUUCCGCGCAGACUGUUGGUUGUAGUUGGGGCGGACAGUAGUCUUGAGGAGGACGUUUUUGUGGGAAUGACGAUUUUGAGAGCUGCUUCGAAAAUGCCAUUUUCUGGGAGUACAGGCGUCGGAAGGGCAGCGUUUAGGGCAAGCAGCGCGCAGAAAGGUUCCAAGGAAGAUGACUUAAUUCCAGAAAAAAAAAAAUUCAAGGAGCACAGCUACGCAGAAACGUUUUUGCUGGAGGACGAUUCUCAGAGGGUCUCCAGAAAGCUUAAUUUAGCUACGUGUGCAUGAAUCUGAUAAAGUCAAGUCGAAUCGGCUUGUCGGGCCGAAAUCCGGCCGUCUAUUUCAUGUAAACGCUACUGGCUCGUGCGAAGUGAGCGCCGAGGCGAGUUCUGUCGAAUCGCUCGCAGCCCGCAUGGAAAGAUACAUGCAUGCGCGGUUGGGUCGGGGCUGGGUCAGCUGGACUGACUCGGCGCUCGACUUCUGACUCGACGAUCGAAUUCUGUCUCGACGCCGAUUGCGCCGAUUUCUUGUAAAGGAAGCUUCUGAAGUCCAUGCACUUUGUGUGGUGACAAGAUCGACGAUGCCAUCGGCCUCGCUUAGUCAUCUGUUGCGCAGUUGUACUAUAUUCCGCGUGUUUUAUCUUGUCGAAUGUAGUUUUAAGAAAGUUGAGAGAAAUAGCUUGUUAUUGAUGACACAGUUUAUGGAAUUGUGCCGCAAGGUUGUGCUGUGUGUUUUUAUCGCCGUUUGUUUGCCGGCGUCUGUAGUCAAGCCAUGCCCGAUACUUUAAGUCUGGUUUGGGGCCUUUUAAGUCACGUGUAGCCGCGAUAUAUGCAAUCGUUCGUAAUAUCCAUGUGUUCGUGUCAAACGUCCAUAUUGCUUAAUUUUGGGCUAAACAAUCGAAAUAAAAAAAAAGAACUAACCCGUAUACGCUAGAAGGCAGCUCUUUUUUCACAUUUAAUACAUUCUUACUUUAGAAAUACUCCAUUUAGUGUCACAAAUUGUAUUCUUUCUGUUUGUGCCAUAAUUUAUUAAUGUUACUGUACACGUGCGCGCCAUGUCACGCUGCGUCGGGAUUUGAUUUCGGAACCAUUGCCAGUGCCAUACGGUCCCCAGAAGUAGGAGUGCAGCUCCAUCGGUGUGGCCAAUGUUGGCGCAAUAUUGAGCCAACGUUGCCCAAUGGUGGGCAUACAUUGGCCAUGAUGUCAGCGCUGCUAAGGGAUGGCUCCCUCCUAUAUCGGAUUCGCGUACUUCGGGCGUUAUUUAUUUGGUUCUAGAUUGAGAAGCCGUUUGGUUUUGGUUCAGCGUAGCACGCCGACACUUGGUUUGAACGUCUUGCGCGAGUGACCGUUUCAUACUCUGGUCUGCUCCGUGAUACGGACACGUAAAGGACUAGGGAAGCUCGCCGAGAUAUUGCAACUCUAAGGAGGAUGUGUUCAACUUAGGCUAAUGCGAUAGGCGGUUACCUGGAGCAGUUAGAACGUUCAUUUAGCAUUGUGCUGGGUUUAUUUACGCGCACAAGUAGUAAACUCAUGAUUCGGUAUAUGUACUUGUGUCGACAGAAGCGUUGUGUUUUCGUUUUCUUCUCCCACACAGAACGAACCAACGCACUGCGAGAGCUUUAUUCGCUUAUACAGUUUCAUCGUGUUUUGACACUGGCGUCAGGUGUGUUGUCUUCGCACAACCGAUGAGGCAGCUCCGAAUUGUUUAGGAAAUGUUAUCACAAAUUUACCCGCCGCGGUGGCUUAGCGGCGAUGGCGUUGCGCUGCUAAGAAGAGGUCGCGGGAGCGAUCCCGGCCGCGAUCCGAUGGGGGCGGAAUAAAAAAAAAUUAAAUUAAAUUAUGGGGUUUUACGUGCCAAAACCAGUUCUGAUUAUGAGGCACGCCGUAGUGAGGGACUCCGGAAAUUUGGACCACCUGGGGUUCUUUAACGUGCACCUAAAUCUAAGUACACGGGUGUUUUCGCAUUUCGCCCCCAUCGAAAUGCGGCCGCUGUGGCCGGGAUUCGAUCCCGCGACCUCGUGCUCAGCAGCCCAACACCAUAGCCACUGAGCAACCACGGCGGGUUCAAAAAAAAAAAAAAAAAAAAAGAAAGAAAGCUCGUGCACCGUGCAUUGUGCACACGUUAAAGAACCCCAGGUGGCCAAAAAUUAAUUCUUAGCCCUCCAACACAGCGUUCCUCAUAGUCCAAUUCACUCGUUUACAUUGUUUCAGUGUAUCGUGUCCAAUGCAUUGGUUGGCCCGUAGUUCUUGCUACAUGAUGUCCUGUCACGUGACUCGCGGUCGUGAUGUUUGUCUAGAAUGUUUGGUCACAAGGCGCUGCGCUGCGAUCGACGUUUAACGCUGCUGCACGACUCCGUGAAAAAGGUCACAGCAAUGCGUACAACGCCUUCAUUAAAAAAAAAAAUAAUACUUCGUGCCAUCAGGACAAGGCCAGUGAAUGAUAUUGCCACCCGCACAAUUCUUAACAUUUAAGUACGUUUUAAGCAACAAGUACGUGGUUGGUGGCGUCGUGCACUUUAUUGGCGAUUGAAUGAUUUAACUUAAUUGGCUACAAAUGUUACGUCGGGACAACUUUAAUGCUUGGCAAAAUUGUUGAUGACACAAUUUGACAUAACUACUUGUAGCCGCUUAGCGCGUAAUGACGUUGCUGUCAUGCAAGUAUAGUCAAUUGUGAGUUAUAUCGCACAAGGCGAGCAUGUCAAGGAUGGCGUAUUAGUACCUCAAUAUUUCCCCUUGUCACGUCGCAGACGAGCUUAUACUCCCGUGUUCAGAGGUGUUCAUUUAUUUUUUCAUCAUUUUUGUAUUUAUCUCCGAACUCGUAUCUUGCGAAUGUAUUUUGUCUACUUAAUAUCUACUUAAGAGUUUGCCGCUCUUAUUUGUGGUGCGUAUCUUUUACGUCCCUGCUUAUAUAUUUUUUGCUUAUUAUAGGCGUGCGUGUGUACGUGAACGUGUGUGUAUGUGGGGACCUAUUGUAGUCUGUCAUUGGUGUGAGCUGUCCCCUUGACGACCUCAUGGGAGAGUUUUAUCGUGCUGUCAGAUUCUCGUCGUCAACCCCCAUUAGACGAAGGACUCUUAGCCCACAAGCUCUUUUUUAAUGUACUCAUUGGUUUUCUGGUACAGUCGUUGUUCAGGGACCAAGUCCAUCAUGGAAGAGUAUAUCAUCUAGCGUAGGGUGGUUCUUGGUUCACAAAACUCAGCAACAGUCGGGAAGUGUGAGAGGAGAACGUUGUAAUUGGAUGUUACUGGAGCGAAGGCUUAAUAAGAGACAGUGUAGAAGGGGUUCGAACGCGCAACCUCUUCGUGCUUCGCUCCGCUUUUUAUCCGACGCGCUGUGUUGGCGGCACCUGUAGAGGUCUUGUUAAGCCUACUUCUGCCGCUCGUAGCAUGAUCAUACUUGAGAUGCAUGAAGGGAGAGUUCAGUCCCGUCUGAGCGCGUGCUGCACGGAGUCGUAACGAAAAGCCCCUUGCGGGUUCGUGGGAUAGAAAGGUUCGCCGUUCGGAAAGGAAUCAUCCUGAUUGAGGAUUUGAACCCAGGACCACCGCCUGGCCAUGGCAGUCACCAUACCAAUUGAGCUAACCGGUGGCCUAGCGGCUGGCAGCGCGAGGACGAAUACGUGAAUAAUUGUUAGACCCCCAGUUAGCUCAGUUUGCAGCUCGCGUCUGUCCCGGUCUUGUGGUGGUUCCGGGUUCGAUCACCGGACCGGGUCGAGUUGUUCAGCUACGAAGCUUCUCUUUACGAGAAAGCGCAGUGAACCCCUCUCGUGAAUAUACCUUGGCGUCGCAAGUUUUCACAGGACUCUAUGUAUACGUAUGUUCAGUUUCUUCAACAGUAACGAAACUUACGAGCCCGCCUCCGCUACGUUUCAUCUUCUGUUGCUCAGCAUGUUGUUGAUUGGGGCUUUGAGUUUGCUUGAACAAUCAAAGAAAAAAAAAAAAAGUCGCAUACACUGCAGCUUUCGCCGUACUCAUCUCACCGAUGACGUGCACUCCUGAAGCGUGUUCGAAGCACGCGCAGUACUGGCAGUACCACCGCAAAGUAAAACUCAUUCUCGUUACCAGCGGCGCGCCGCGGUAACGGUGCAGAAUUGGUGCAGCACCAUCGCUGGUUACGCCGGCUAACUAACGGUCACAUCGACUUAACGAAACUCCCUUCGCAUUACCACGCUAACUUCACGUUUGUUUUAUCUUGCUGCUGCACACUAUGUUGCGUUUCCAUUUAUAUUAUAACGAAGCGCGCUAACCCGAGGAAGGCUAUACACGAAUAAAAGUCGUCCACGUGAAAACGUUUUUAAGUCGUAUAUUUGUCGUUCGCCCGUUGAAUUUUGCUCUGACAUAUCAUGAAAUGUGAAUGUGUGACGUAUGCCAUACUUAGUGGGAACGGGUAAUUUAUAGAGUGCAGCUUCCACUUGAUACAGUUACCAAGAGACACCCAAUUUAGAUUGCUAUCUAUAUGACGUGCUAUAUCUAAGCAUUAAAGGUAUAGAGAGCUGCUGGAAAUAAAAAAAUUGUCACUAAAUUGAGUUGUUGCAGCUAGAAUUCUGGAUAAUACAUCUUUAAUUGCAAAUAGUUAAGUGUUAAUUAAAGCGAUGGCUUCGUACGCCGCAAUGGACGUAAAUCGAAAGAGGAGUGCUGACUUUUCCGUGACAUAAUUUAGGAAUCGCAUGCAUGAAGAUAGAUGUUUCUUAGUAAAUCGCACUGUAUUCUAGAAUAUCUCGGAAAACGCAGCCUAUCAAACCUUAAGAAAUAAAACGCAUUUUCACUAGUUCUUUCCACUGAUUAGAAAAAUGAAGGAUUUUAUGGAUUAACUUAUUUCACUGGAAUACAUCUACAAUGUUCCCUCUAAGUACUGGCACGCGCUGUGUUUACCAACGAGGCUAACGUUUUCACAUCCGCAUACGCAGCACAUCGGAGUGGCACAGUUUUUUGCAUAUCGUUCCUCUUCCGUUGUUACAGCUGCCUCGGAUGCGGCUAAGUGGUACACCGAGCUUACGUUUUAAACGCUUACUGUUCGCGCCAUCAAAGUAAUGCUGAGCUGCAGACUUUACAGACUUCUUGUGCUUAUCGAAUGUACGAGUCUCUUACUGUCAUUUGUUGCCCAACUUCAUACUUUCACGUGAUCACUUGUGGAGGGGUGGCGGCGAUGCACUGCGAAGUUGAAUGCAAGCGAACCUUACGGUUACUGCUUCUUUUAGGGACUUCCUUUGCAUUAGAUUAUCACAACGAUUACACACUUUUCGCACGGCCAUCUUGUAACCACUCCGUGAUCGCAUCAGUGUCCUGUUUUACCUACUCUCUGAAAUACCUAGCCUUAGAUCGUCCGACGGGUGUCUUGCUGUGUGUGCGUGUUCUUUUUUUUUUCUUUUUGCCUGUUGUAUGUACAAAGCGAUGCUGGUUUGCCUGAGCACUGCGUCGGGCCCAUCACUCUUUGAGCUAUACAUACUAUGUGAAGCGUAAGUCGCGACGUUUCUCUUUGACCGUCGCGGCCUUUGUUCUCGCCGUAAUUUGUGUGCUUUGUCGUCGCACGAAAAUUGUGCUGAGUUAUGGAAGGCGACAAGGGUGUACCAAGUGUUCAUCACAAUAAGAAGCAAAGAAAAAAAAAAAUAACGCCGCGUUCGGCUGGUUAUACGGCGUCUUGAUCAGUCAAAAAGACUGUCGACUCUAUUCGAGCACUUCGAUCUGAGGCCACGCGUUUUGCCGUAUCGUCUGCUGUGCGGUUGUCGACAGCAGGCCAUACUGCAAAAUGCGUGGCUCUGCCGCGUCUAUAGGGAACGGGUUACAGUGCGAUCUUUAAGCGCACCCGUCUUCUAAUUGGCUUACGCGAGCCCUCGCUUCCAUAAGUCUGCACGCAUUUAGUGAGUCCCAGUGUAUAGUUUUUUGUUCUUUCUUUCUUUCUUUCUUUCUUUCUUUCUUUCUUUCUUUUUUACUCCUAUACUAUUAUAAGAAAUUGGCACCGUGUUGCGAGCCACUUCUCCGGUGAAUGCAUGCCUCGUGUAGUACUUGUUUGUACGAAGUGGCCCAACAUUCUAAUUUACAAGGAAGAAUGCAUCACCGGUGUUACACAAUAACGCGCCAAUGUGCGUGUCGUCUUUACGUUGCUUUUGGAAUGUCUUGUUGCCCGUGCAUUUGUCUGCCAUAGAAACUGCAUGAUUGGAUAGCGCGUGAAGCUUUUACAAGGGUACAAUCGAGACUGUGAGGUGUCCCCAGUGGAAUGACCGGAACUCCGUUUUCCAUGGUGGAUUCGUAGAUGUCCGAUACCCUAAUCCAAUGUUUGAGAUUUGGGUUAGCCUAGGGGCUUACUGUAAUAAUCUCAUGUGCUUUAAAAAUGUGCAAACGAGCCCUUUUUCUUCCAUUUAAUAGCCGAGUUGCCCUCGGCGUUGUGUAUCUCUUCGUAUCUACAGAGCUUUUGUUUUGUUGCCCGCCUUCGUAAUUGUUCGAGCCUGUGCAUAUCGUAGCCUGCUUAGAAUGCUUGUUUGUUAGUGUUUGUCCGUGCGUGUUUAUGUAUUGGAGUGCACGUCUUUGAGCACGUGACUAUGUUACUCGUUUUCUGUGUGUUGUGUAGGGAAGCUUGACGAAGCGUCUAACACUGAGCUUGCAAAUUCGAUAGAACCGCAGUAUCAACAUCGAGUAAAUGUUCAGUUGUAUAACGUCGUCUGUGUUGCGCACUACGUUGAAUUUUCGUGAGACACACAGUAAAUGACAAUCGGUUGCGUAGCUUUGGUGAGCCUAGAACGCGCUGUUUAUAAUAUUUUGGCGACGAAAUUGCCCGCAAGCCGGAAUGCGCUGACAUAUUCGUGGAAUGCGUACGGGCACUCGGUCUGGUUGAUUAAUCAGGAGUACAAGUAUGCAAGAAACAAUGCACUAAAGUGAUAAUAACAAACAGGAAAACGCACGAUUAGGUUUUUGUAGCGCGUUCUUCGACCCACUGCAAAUCCAGGCGUCGAAUAAACCGGGAAAACGCAAUAAAGGUAAAAGAAAAUGAGGAGCACGACUUCCGGAGCCAAGCGUCGAGGCGCUUCUUCAAAUGUGCGGUUGAGCGCUCAGGGACCAUGAAUCUGUUUCUGUUCCCGCACGUGUCACGUAAUUUGUUUAUUUUGUUUUUUUUUAAUGUUUUUCAUAUUUUUGUUUUAUUCUGUGUGUGUAUUUUCAACAUCGUUUCUUAUUGUUGUGAUUUCCCAUUUCCAGUAACUGUCUGCUGUCUCUAACCUCAGCAUGGUACGUGUGAUGUCCUCGUUUCUUUAUGCAACAUGCGACGAAGUCUCGUGUAGCGUCCUAUUGCAGGUAUUUCAUUUCUAUGUUAGGAAAAGCCACAUGACACUGAUGCAUCACGUGAGGGCAUUCGUUAAGUGCGAAGCCGGAGUUUAACUUUGAGGGCAUGCGUAUCUAACUUAGUGUAGUCUCACUCCAGUUUUACGCUGCGCGUGGUAUCACCCUUUGUACGCUGUAACCGUGACAGCGGGAAUUAGGCUAGCGUUAACUUAUGCUCGGCACAUAUCCUGAAUAUAAGUAGUGUGUACAUGUAACCUUGUUCUUUGUUUUCUUGUUUUGAUGGUCUGUAUUCAGUAGCAACUGUAGUGCUGUAGAUGGCGUCGUAUUAGUUUUUUUUAAUUCACAUAUUGUUUUUUUUAAUUCACAUAUUGCUGAAAUUUCAAAAUGUCUGGCGAAUGAACCUCGUACGCUGACUUGUUUUGGAUGUGUGCUUUGAGAAACGCGAAAUAAUAGCACGAAAGAAAAAAAAAAUAUCUGCUGUAAUUGAGGAUUCUGUAUAAGCGUCUGUAGAGGUCGUGCUUGAUCACGGCUCUUAGAUAUGAACAACGGUUCGAGAGUUUCCUGGUCGUACGUGCACAAACGAGGUGCUGUCGAAGAGGCUGAACUUAUCAUUCGGACGAGAGGAAUACCGAACCGCGAAAGUGUGAUUUCUGUAUCUGCGUCCUGUCUCAGGUGACAACCGUUGCGUUUGUUGACGUCAUUUCGGACAACUAGGUAGUAUACUGUUGUCAGUUUGCCUUAAUCUCGAGAGAUGCUUUGUUGUUGGCCAAACUGUGUGUGUUUCGGGUAGCGUUGAAGGGCGAAUACCAUGAGAGUCGGUUUGUACCAUUAUAGCUCGUGCAGCAAUACCUGUCUGUAUUAAGACUUAGCGAUCCCGUCUAGUUUCUUUGUGGUGAUCCGUGUUGUCAGAUUAACAAUUCGUUGCCGUGUGCGGUCCUAUUUAGAUGUGAAAAUGUAGAAACUUGUGGUUUUUAGUGUUGCGUGGUGUACUGAAACUACGCCUAAAGGUGUUUUGGCGGAGAGGAACUUGUAUCCGACUGUUUUCAAAUCUACGCUGUUAUCGUGGACACGCGCUAAUUUGUACUAAUAAAACGAAUCCUGAACCGA